AUGAGUGAUGAUGAUUCAAAAACUUUAGACCAAAAUAAUGAUAGGAAUGCAAAUAAUAGAAAUCAACAAAUAGACGAAACACCAGAUUCUGAUCAAAAUGUUUCACAAAAUCCAAAUGACCCUCCAAACCCAAGUUCGCAAUCAUCUAGCUCUGACGUUUUCAAUCAAAGGCGAACUAGUUUACAUCCAUUAGAAGAAGUAGAGCUCAAUAGAAGAGUUAAAAGAAAGAAGACCCCGUCUGCUCACGGUGGACAACCUUUAUCUGUGGAAGAAAACAAUAAUGAGGAGAAUAAAAGUCAACGAUCACCGCAGCAGUCUACAGCCGAUAAUAAAAGUACGCAUAACAUAAGGAGAUCCUCGUUAUUGUAUGAAGGUUAUAGUUCAGUGACGUCGAUCGAUAGCAGAUAUUUGGAUAGCCGUCGUACAAACGAAAAAUGGAAAGAUUUUGUAGUGUUCAUGUACACUGAACCAUCAAUAAUGUUUUAUUCUAAUAUUUUUUUAAUGGUAAGCAUGAGCAAAAUUAUAUAG